AUGUCCAGGGCCCUCCUCGUAGCCUCAGCCAUUGCUGCUGUCGCUCAUGCGCAAACCCUCGAGACCUCUAGCGCUUCGUCGGUCGCUGCCACGUCUACUGCCUCUCAGGUGAUGCCUCCAGUUGCCACGCAGGCAUUCAACCCGGCUGGAAUCAACACAACCGUAUCAUUCAACUGGUGCCAUGCGCAGCUAAACACUUGCCCGUUGAUUUGCGGAGGAAGUGCUUCUCUCAAUCAAUGCGACGAUGUCGCCUUCACCUACAGCUGUGUUUGUGCCAACGGAACCGUCCCCGAUAGCACUGCUUUCAUACAGACGCUCCCCUUCUUCAUCUGUCAAGAGACCUACAUCCAGUGCAUCAACAACAACCCCAACGAUGCUCAAGCUCAAUCUGUCUGUAAGGACAACGAGCAGUGCGGUACUCGUAAUGCGACUGCCGAAUAUCUUGCUGAGCAGGCCGCUGCCUCCUCAGCCGCUGCCUCUACCACAGCUGCCGCCUCCUCUGCAGCCCCUUCAUCCACCCCUUCGACCUCUGAAAACAGUUCUGCCACUGCCACCAGUUCCUCUGCUGGCGCUAGUGGCUCCGAUAACGCCGCCGCCGGUAUGGCUCAUGUCACUACUGGGGCUUUCGCUGCGGUGCUCCUGGCCGCCUUCAAGCUUCUCGUCUAG